UUUGGCGAACAAAGGCUACUUUGAAUCACAUAACAGAAAUUACUGCACGUUCAUUACAGCAUCAAUUGCGCAUGUGCAAAUAAUCAAAAUUGCAUCUAAAAGUAGACAAACUUGAGAGAAGAAUAUCAUUUCACAGCAAAACGAGCAGCGAAACACACGCACCACUAACAUGAGCAGCAGGCCAUAUCGUUUUGGGCAAUGGCUUCCUUCCGACAGGAAAGUUACUGACGAAUGGUUAGCCAAUUUGAUUCAGGAAGUCAAAGUUAAGUCCAAAGAUAAGUUAGAUUUGAUAACGGGUAUACAUCCACCAGAUGAAAAUGAAGAAAGCGCCAUGGCUGGACUUCGAGCAGCGACUAUCGCGGCAGAAGUUAAAGACCUCAAUCUUCAUAAACCAGUUCAAGAUUUGUUGGAUGCGAUACUCUCCGAUCCCGAGAUCAACAUGUUCUUCCAUCAAAUGUUCUGGCAGCAGUAUCAUCUCCCAGACACUUCAGAAGGAACAAAAAUCCCGUCCUGGCAAUUGAUGAUUAUAAUCAUCGACUGCAUCAUGACAAAAGCCCCCGAGUUUAACAAGACUGGUUUGGUUGGCUUCCCCAUCAAUGUCAUCUUGAACUGGCCAAUGGCUACGACUGCUGGAUUUGCUGCCUUCCUGAACGACAAAAUCAACCAAUUGUUCAAGAGUAUUCUGAAUUACUGGGGAGUGUUCCUGUCAAGUCCAAACUCUUGCUAUGUUUUGAGCAAGGAUCCCCGACAUGGUUGGUUUGGCCACGAUGCAAUGGAAGCAAUGCCGAACUUUGCUAAAGAGUUCAAAUGCAACCCGGAGGCAGAGCAUUACGGUUUUAAAUCGUGGGAUGAUUUUUUCACCAGAGAGUUUCGCCCAGGAAUCCGUCGGGUAGAAUCUCCAGAUGAUGAUUCCAUUGUUGCGAAUGCCUGUGAGUCGGCGCCGUUCAAGAUAUCUAAAGCCGUGAAAAAGAGGGACUACUUUUGGAUAAAGAAGCAAAGGUACUCCUUGGAUUUCAUCCUGAACAUGAGUGACCUGGCCAAGCAAUUUUAUGGCGGAACCAUCUACCAAGCGUUCCUCAGCGCCACCAGUUAUCACCGAUGGCACAGCCCAGUGUCGGGAACCAUUUGCAAAACAGAACUCGUGGAUGGUUCCUAUUACUCUCAAACCCACAACAUCAGGGAUGACCCUGCAUCACCCAACAUGUCACAAGGGUACCUGGCCCAGGUAGCAGCCCGAGGAAUUGUCUACAUUCAAGCUGACAAUCCUGACAUUGGCUUGAUGUGUUUCGUCUCAAUCGGCAUGUCAGAAGUGUCUUCCAACGACAUCACUGUCAAAGUAGGGGAUAGAGUGAAGAAGGGCGAUCAGCUCGGUAUGUUCCAUUUUGGUGGGUCCACGCAUUGUCUGAUAUUCCGCCCUGAAGUGAACGUCGAGUUUGAUACGCGAGGUCAAACACCCGGUCUGGAUACAGACAAUAUUCCAGUUAAAGCUAAAAUUGCGAAAGUACAUCCCGCACACAAAUAGGAGUGAGGAUUGUGCCGGAACAUUGAACUGUGAUUUCAUGAGUGAGUUUAGAUUGUUAUGUUUACGUUAAUCAAUUGAAAUCGCGAGUCUGGUUUUCCGAGAAGUUUUAGCAGCCUCACAAGCACAAAAACACUCUUAAAGCAAUGUCAUGACUCGCUUCUAAAGCCAUCUUAAUACUACUGUUAAGAACGUUGCUUUCGGCAUGAAAUGUACGAAGCGAGGAAUAUAUGUUAAGACCUUUAUAUUCGUUAUUUACCCCUUGUUAUGGCUGCUUGUUAGGGGAAUUGGAAACUUCUUUAGGCAAAGACAAGACAUUUAAAGGCGCUUGCACUUUAUAAUUAAUAUGCACAUCGGUAGCUACUUUCUCCGAGCACUUGUUCAGUCAUUCGGAACGAGCUAAUUAGAAUUUGUUAGGGAAGCUUCAGCCAGUAUUUUUCCACCUAGUCCAGAAACAUGUCAGAGAAAAAUGAACGGUUCGAAGACGUUUUCGUUUAUGCGGUAUAGAUCUUUCGGCCAGGAGCCCAUCAUGUCCAUCAUGGACGCUGAGCUCCUGCCUUCGGCUCAAAAUUGCAAUAAACGUUAAAUUUAAAUGCAUGUUUUCGUAACACGAGCAUGUGUAAUAAUGGAAACGAAGCAGUUAAUCGAACGUUUCCUUGAGUUCGUAUUUUGUCUGAAAAUGACUAGAUACGAUGGUUUUACAGGUUAAGGAACGUUAGUUAAGAUUCUGUACAUUGGCCCAUUAGUUAAUAUGCAGGGCUAUAUCGAAGGAUAAUUUGCAAAUGUAAUGAGCUUCAGGUAUUUUGUUUUUCCUUUUGUAAUUCAUUCGGCUAUUUUUAACUAUCAGGAUUUAUUGUAGUUAUUUGCCCAUCUAUGUGGCUAAAUCGUCUUGAAACAGAAUGAAGCUUGUAGGGGGUUGCAAUACAGUAUGUACGUUGAUAACAAAAACAACACAGUGUCAUGGGGUAUUAACACAACUGUCGUAUCAUAUUUACCUCAGCGUGUUAGUUAAUUUAUUGCUGAGUAUUUAGAGUUGUAGGCGUGUAAUCUGAUUGAACAAAUUGAUAAGACUUUUUAGCCAAUGAGAAUUGUCUAUUUGAAGGUGUACCAGACAACAAAAGGUUUUUUCUUUUGGCCAAUCUUUUCGCUAAGGAAUUGUGUUGCAGUGAUUCUGAAGAGUAAAUCUUGGUGAAAUUGUGAAAAGUGUGGACGUUUGUCUUGCUCCCAGAUAUGUAAAACCUUGCAGUAUCCACAUUUUACAGCUCUGUUUGAAAAAUUGCAUGCUAUGUGGAAAUAAAGAUCUUUGUCUUGUAGAUUAAUUUA